UUUUUUGCCAUCACUAAUUAAAUUGUGCAACCCGGAAAAUUGUCAAAAAUUUUUUGUUGCUGAUUUCCAAAAACACUUGGAAAACGGUGAAAUAUUACUUACCGGCUUAGUCGUUUUCCCGGUGAGGCUAGACAAAACACAAGCGGUUUUGAUUUUAACGCGCCGCAACGCGUUUAAUUAGACCGACUUGAUCCACACAUACGAAGGAGUGGAAAACAAAUGAAAAUCACACACGUUUUCCGGUUGUUUAGAAUGAAUUGAUUUUUGUGGGCAGACACAAACAUAACAACAGGAUCCGGAAAAACAAACACCGAAGCGUUGCCCUUGGUAGCAGGCUAGGAGCAACAAGUCCGCAAACUCGCACAUCCCACACCUUUUGUCCAGUUUUGUAAUCUCCUAUUGGUCUGGAAAACAAAAAAAAAUGUUGCUGCAAAGGUUCUGCAUGCGUGCUAUGCACACUAGCCGACAGCUCUACGCAGGAGCCACCGGCGGAGCUGGUCUGGAGAAGAGUGCACUGGCGGCAUUGCGCAAGAAGACCGGCUACACCUUCGCCCACUGCAAGAAGGCAUUGGAACUGCACGGCAACGAUGUCAGCUUGGCUGAGAAAUGGCUACAUGAGCAGGCUCAAUCCCUUGGCUGGAGCAAGGCCACAAAGGUGGCGGAUCGGGCGACUGCCCAGGGUCUUAUUGGUGUCUUAAUUCGCGGCAAUCGUGGUUCCAUGGUAGAGCUUAACUGUGAGACCGAUUUCGUGGCCAGAAACGACACCUUCAAGCGGUUUGUGGAUCAUGUUGCCCGCGUUUGCUUGUAUUACACCGAUUUGACAGAGUUUGAUGGGGAUCUGUGGAAGCUCGGCUUUGAUACGGAUGCUCUGAAGAAUCUGCCCACUGAAGAGGGCCGCACUUUGGGCGACCACCUGGCCCUGCUGAUCGGAGCCCUUGGCGAGAACGCCACUAUUCGCCGGGCACUGUGCUUCAAGGUCAACAAUGAUCUAAAAUUGGUGGGCUAUACCCAUCCCGCACCCACCAAUGUGGGCACCAUCGAGGACAUCACCCAGGUGGGCAAGUACGGAGCGAUCGUGGCCUAUCGGUCGGAGCACAAGCUGAUUGACUAUGAGUUCAACAAGAGCAUCUGCCAGCAAAUUGUGGGCUUGAAGCCAAAGAAGAUUGGCGAGUACGACAAGGACCAGCCAGCGGCGAACAAGGAUGAGGAGACGUGCCUAAUCCACCAGGAGUAUCUGCUGGAUGCGGACAAGACGGUAGGCGAAGUGUUGCAGGAGCACUCCACCGAGGUCAUUGACUACCAUCGCUUCGAAUGUGGCGAACAGACGGAACGCAACCUGGAAGAGAUCAUCCGUUCGCAGCACCAGAGUAGCAAUUAACUAGCCCCUAAAUGCAGACCUGUAGCCCCCUAAAUUGUUAAACGCAAGAGCCGAAGAUUGUUAAGCCCGAGUUCUGGUCAAAAUUUGCAUGUGAAAUAAGUACAACUAAAUUGA